AUGAAUACUGAGUCAACUGUAUUAGAUGAAGCAAACAGUGUCAGACAAGUUUCUCAUAGUGAUGAAAUGAGGAAGUUUUCUGUUUCUGCCAUAUAUAAAGAAGAUAGUCAAAAAGCUUUGCGAAUUUCUUUAGCUGGACCAUCAAUUGUGUAUUUGAAGAAAAAGCUUAUUGUUCUUGAUUUAAAUGGGCUGCUUGUGGACAUUGUUCCCCCUCCAAAGCAUCGUAAAGCAGAUGCAACCAUAGGAAGGAAAGCAUUAUUCAAGAGGCCUUUUUAUCUUGACUUCCUGAACUUCUGCUUUGAGAAAUUUGAAGUGGCUGUAUGGUCUUCAAGAACCAGGAAAAAUAUCGACACUGUCAUUGAUUAUUUGAUGGGAAAUAUGAAACAAAGGUUGCUUUUUUGUUGGGAUCUUUCUUAUUGUACUGAAACAAGUUUCAAAACUCUUGAAAACAACUUCAAGCCAUUGGUUUUGAAGGAUUUGAGGAAAAUCUGGGAAAAGCAUGAUUCUAAUCUUCCAUGGGAGAAGGGAUACUAUAAUGAAUCGAAUACAUUGCUGUUGGAUGAUUCUCCAUACAAGGCAUUACUUAAUCCUCCAUACAAUUCCGUGUUUCCGCACACAUUCAAAUUUCAGAAUCAAAGCGACAAUUCACUAG